UUCUUGUUUUCGAAUCAAUGACAGCAAAAUCCCCCUCCCUACCCCAUCCGGGAUAAUUUGUCUUUCGCGCCUGAAUGAAAUCCGAUGAACAGAGCUUCCUCGCCAUGCCGUGUUCGCCGUCUGACUUGACAGCGAGACCAUUCUGCGAGUAUUGAGCGGUACACGUACCUACUAUGUAGCUAUAAGCGAGAAGGACUCGCGAUUUUAAAUAUUUGUGAGGUUCUAGCUUCAAAUUCAAGUUCUUCCCGCCUUCUCCACCCGAACUGAUCUAUGGGAUGUGUUUUGUUCUUCUAACAUGGCGUCUGAAACGGCCCCAUCGGACAUUCAACUCGGAGAAAACGAGGUAUUAUUAUACAAAGAUGGGGACCCAGUACUUAAGGUGGAGCGGGGGACGCCACUCACCGUCAUCAAGAUGUUGUAUAAUGCUGACCCCAAGAAUAAAGGCACAGUUAUCGCCGCACUAAAACCACACACAGACGACCCCCUACCCUGCCUGGUGACGCUCGACAAAUCCACACUCACACAGGAAAAAUAUGAUAUUAUUGCGUUUGAACAACCGAAGCCUCAACGUCUGGGCGAGUACCAGCUCACGCAACCUGUUAUAGCCAUGGGGCCUGGGGGCCACCCCCAGGGCGCAGCCAUUAUACACACCGCCGCUGGAUGGCCGCCGGGCAAUACCGCGGGCAUCACCUAUGCGCCUGUCAAUCAAUUAUUACAAAAUCACAUGACGCUACCUCCGGGUCACCCAAACAUGAUUGGGAAGCCUGUGUUGCCUAUGACGCACGCGAUGUCACACGUAGCGCCAAUAAUAAGUAACGCACUGUCGAACGGUAGCGCUGGCCCUAAUGUCGCUCCAGCGCAGAUGGGCGCCUUUUCCUCGAUAAUCCCUAGAAAAAGCCCACUAACCCUUAAACCUUCGACGCCUUCGAGGCGUAAACGAUCUGGACACAAAACCGCAUUCCCGCGGAAAAUAACCUUGUGCGUGCCGGAUAACGUCACCGAAUCGCCUGGCGUGAAUGUUAAGAAAUUUAUGUACCCGAAGAGCAGACACGACGAUAAGGAACCGACGGAAGAUUACAAUGAAGGCGCGGAGAAGCCAAACUCCAGCGUACCCUGUGACAGCACAGCGGGGAGUGGCCACGAGAACGGAGAGAUUCCUUCACCUGCCAAAGACGACCGUGGGCGUCACGGGUGCAAGUCAAGCCCAAUGUCGGAGCAUAGUUGUAACGAGGAUCACCCCGUCUAUCACGGGCAUCGAUCGGACGGUAGUUCCCCCGAGCACGACUCCAGUAUGGGCGAGAGCGAUGGUCGGCCGAUUAAUAUCGAUAGCGAUGAGCGGGAAAGCUUCGGGAAUGACUCGGACACGAACAUGCCGACUGCAACGCAGAGCGGGAUCGUAAGUCUUUCGGAUAACAUGUAUCGCGGCGGCGGCGGCAGUGAUCGUGGUGGCAGCGGCGAAAUUCGAGUCGACUCCGACGAGCGCGAUUCCGAAGGUGAUGAUCACGUGAGGUACAACGCGCGCCAGGGCCGCGACGACGUGCGAUUUAUUCGCUCCGGGUGUAGAUCGGAGAGCGAGUACCCACAUGGCGCCACGGUACAGUACCCCACUGCAAUAGUGCGGCUCGAAAACACGGUCCGGAUAAAGACAGAACCCGUUGAACGCGGUCACCUAGACGCGCCAGAUCGUAGUGAGAAGUACUCAAAUAACGGAAUGCCCGCGAGCGAGCAUGAACCGCCGGGAGGACGCGACAUGGAAGCGGAGCCCUCGAGUUACUUACCAAGUUCGUCUAUGCGCAGUCACGAGGGGGGAGCUGCUGCGUUACACCCCGGUACGCCCUCCUUGCCCGGGACCACAGUACUACCCAGUGGUCUGACGCCGUACCCACCGAGCUACCCACGAAACGGCACGACUGAAGGGGUCGCGUUCCGGUGCGAACAGUGCCAAAAGGAGUUUGAUACGUCGGCAGCGUUGGAGCGUCACAGGCGCUCGCAUAGCGGUGAAAGACCCUACAAAUGCAAGAUAUGUGGCUGGGGUUUUAAUUUGAGUGGGAACUUGAAUCAACAUAUGGCCAUUCACCAGAAAGUGAAGCCGUUCAAAUGCGUCUAUUGCGGGAAAACUUUCGCGCGAUCGAACGUUCUAAAGGCGCACGUGCGCUGCCAUACCGGUGAGCGACCGUUUCAAUGUGAACUUUGCGGAGCCAAGUUUAUCAUUUCUCACAAUCUGAAGAAACACUUGUUGAAUCGGCACCAGGUGGUGUGGGAAGAGAGGCGGUGGUCCGGCAAGGGGCAGAGCUGAUGACAGGCGCCCUAUGCAUGAUGGGAAGGUAACCCCAACCGCUGGGAUGUUAGAAUGCGGGCUUGCAAUGACAAACCCUCCCGGUCGGUCUAUGGAGAAAGCGGAGAACUAGCUGUUAGUCAUGAAAGGCAAAUUAAAGGUAUGUCAGUUGUUUGGUAGUUUGGUAGAAUUGAAUGUAAAGGUACAGGUUAUAAGGAAGAAUAACGUUGCUAGUAUAGACGUCAAGUUAUAGGUAUGGCUAGAUACAUCGAGCAUAUUGCCCGCCGUAUAAAGGGAUGCUGUACAUAGGGAGUGCGGGAAGGUGAAACUGUUUAUCUCGCGAGUCGUUUUCGUAUGAGUAAGUCUUCUGUUAAUGUAAUUUCGAAAAUACAACAUGAUCCUAGAUUGGUGCAAAAUUGUCAGAUAUAAGACUUUCAUUCUGCAUAUUUAAAAUAUAGUACACCUACGAAAACGACUUUCCUGCCUCAAUGGCGUUCUGAGACUAACAGAUUCUUGUAAAUAGAUUGUUUGGGGUUGGAGAGUAAUAAAGCGCGCUACAUUGAGAGUGUCUCCUAGUGUGGAGUUCCUUUUGCGUAUGUUCAAUUGGUUAACGUUAGUAUGGUAAUCCAACGUCUGUAAGUGCCUAUGUAUGUUGUGCAUAGAUGACUGCCUCAAAGGCUGCCUCGAAUCGGCAAGAACGUUUAGUGGAAGACUUAGACAAGGAGAUGGUUGAGUAUCUGGGAGAGCAGUCAGGAUAUAGGGAUAAAGGGGGGAUUAACUAAGAGCCAAAUAUCAAUGGAACCGAAAUAUUGCUCGAAGAUAGUUUGGGCAAAAACCUGACCUUAAUUCUAAGUACUUUCUUCAAUUCUAUCAACUCUGGAAAUCCUGGCACCUCUCCUCGUUCCAUGUUUCUUCUUCUCCUUGUAAGAUCCACCUGCCAAGCAGGUCAAAGUAGACUUAGCUAUCAUCUACAUUCUAAAUUAUUAUAAUUGAAAAUGUUAUCUCAGGCUUGGGCCCCAACGUGAGGCUAUUAAACUCUUGAUCCGACUUGCGUCACCAUUCUUUAGUACUAAAAAAAGGCUCUAUUCUAUUACACGACCUCAAACUAAUAAGAAAGAAAGAAAGCAAAGAAACAAAAACAACAGUGUCACGCAAGGCGGACCCCAAGUCUUUAAAGGUACGGUAAUACGAGCAGCAAAAUCGUGCAAAAAAAGUUCGAAGGCGAUGAUGCGCGUUUUACUACCGGCGAUGAACCAACUUUUGUCGCAGCAAAGGAUAGACUUGUGCUUUCUGUUAAUCCGCCAUUUUUUUUCUCUCCUUGAAACUGAUGUGUGACUUUCGUUCAACCAAUCACAAACGCUAUUGCAACUAUUUGCGUAUGGUCGACGUUUUUUUUGCUGCGAGACAAGUUGGGUUGAUGUAGUAUAAUACGGGCUACAUGUCAGAGUUUUGUUGCAAAAAUUGGAACCAUCUUUUACCUUCUGCAGCAAACUUUUUCAACUUGCAACAAAAAAAAAUGCUGCAGAAAAAGUUGGUUCGCCAGUAGUAGAACGCGCAGCAUCGCUCUAGAACUUCUUUUUUUUGCAAAUGCUGCCACAAAAGUUGUACGAUUUUCCUGCUCGUUUUACCCUCGCAGCGCUCCAAAUGCAUUAUCUGACGCGCAGGACUGGUAACAAUGAACGGGAAAGACGGUUACCGUGACGGUUACAUAUCUAGUUAAAAGCGCCGCGCCUAAAAUAAAAAAAAUUGACGGCGUAUAAGGGAAAUAUCCAAAACCACAAGACAAAUUAUGUUUUAUAUCGGUAUUUAUCCAGAAGAUGUAAAGUAUAUUUCAUACAAAAUUUAUUUAACAUCGUGCCAUCGUAUUCAUAAAAGCUUACAUCCAUUCUGUGAUUGUUGUUGCUUUCGAUUGGACUGUUUCUCGUUGUGUGGUACUUCAUGAAUAACGUCAUUUUUAGUCAUGUUGUUUGUAUUUGUUAUUUGUUUGGCUGUGAUGUUGUAAAGCAUUGUAGGUCGUUUUUUUUUAAUUACAAAAGAAUGUUGUUCCGUGAAACGCGAAAGAGGAAAAAAAGUGAAUAUUUCCUUUCUCUUCCUUCGCCACUUCCUUUUCCUUUACUCUGAUUUUUAUUUGUGCAUUUGCAUUCUACGUCUCCUGUUCUUUGUCAGGUGCUUUGUCUUUCCCUCAUGACAUGCUAUGUAUGGAAAUUACAUUCCCAUUCUUUCGUUAUUUGGAGCAUUAGGCGUUAAGACUCACGAAAGCGACGGGUAACCGUAAAGUAAAUUAUAUCAGAACUUCCUUUCGCCAGUUAUUUAUUAUUCAUAGAGACAACGUUAAACGACUUGAUCAAUCGAAAAAGUCUGUUUUCGUCGUUUGAUGAUGUCUCGAAAAAAUAUCUUGUAAUAAUCUUGUAAGUAGACACAAACUAUGUCCAUUCUAAAGUUUUACAAUUGAUAAUCACCCCGUAAAUAAGGCUAUUGGGCCACCUGACUACUGGACUUGUUUGGUGGCCACCCGACAUUUCGCGGGCAAAUUUAAAAAAAGGCGGGAAACACUCGCGCGCGACUUACCGGGACUUUGGCGUCACCAAACGAAUCCUUUUAAUUCCUAUAGUUCUCUGUACAGGUGAAUACUUCAACAUACCCCUGAGGCAAGUAACAUAAACCUAGCAUUGAGAAGUCUAUCUAGCUCAAUUAGAUGUAGUCGCCUUUGUGGGAGUUUCACGCUCGAAACACGUGCGCCCAAAAAAAUUGAAUAGAGCCGAAGUAAAUACGGCACUUAGUAUUAUUUCAUGUCACUUGCUCCAGGACCCGUCGUAAUUGCAUCAAGAUAGCUGUAAAAUUGUACAGCGUGUAAGAUCUUUCGUUUGCAUGGGUGGUUCUAGAUGCUGACUCUGUUUUUUAUGAGUCUUCUUUGACUUCGAAAUAAAGCUAAUACUAAUG